CCAAGGCAUUUCCUGCCACUUACACUCCUUGAGUCCUCCAAGUGCUCUCCAUUCCUUCUUGUGUGUUCGCUUCCAGGUCGAACCGCGACAGUCCUUCCCUCUUUUGAUAUUAUUCUUGGUUGUAGAUACAAUAGAGAGCAAGGCUCUUGUACACAGUCAUUAUUGUGCUGGCCUUCACUACAGCAACUCCAUCAUCGUCAAUAUUGUAUAUCGCUUCUUCUUCUUCUUCCUCUUUGGAAGUAUUGUUACAUCUACACAACCAUGAGCCCCUCGAUUAGGAACACCCUUGCGGCUUUGUCCCUUGUAGGGACCCUGCGCACCGUCGUAGCACAAUACGACGCCCCAACCUACUCCGGCUACACUCUUCUCUGGACUGCCGACUUCUCUGGGGACGCCGGCACGUCGCCCUCCACCUCCAACUGGAACAUCAUCACGGGCUACCUGGGCGUUAACGACGAGCUGGAGGUGUACAGCUCCUCCAACGAGAACCUUCAGCUCUCAGGCGGCAGCACCCUCCAGAUUGUCCCGUGGGAAUCAGACGGGUCGUGGACUUCGGGCCGGAUCGAGUCCGUCGACUCGUGGACGCCCGCCUCGGGUGUCAUCACGCGUGUCGAGGCCGAGAUCGACUUUGGCACCAAUGCCGAGUCCACCAAGCAGGGCUACUGGCCCGCCUUCUGGAUGCUGCCUGAGAGCUUCCGCACGGGAGCAGAGACGUGGCCCGACUGCGGCGAGCUCGACAUCCUCGAGAUGAUCGACGGUGUUCUGACGGGCUACGGCACGGCGCACUGCGGUGAUGAGUGCAACGAUGACGACGACGACGAGGGCCUCCAGAGCAGCAUCGACGUCGGCAAUGACGACUGGCACACCUGGCGCCUUGAGUGGGACCGUACCAGCGGCAACUGGGAGACCGAGACAAUCUCCUGGUCCAUGGACGGCACAGUCUUCCAGACCCUCACUGGCGGCAGCUUUGACGAGAGUGUGUGGGACAACCUGGCACACCAGCCGUACUACAUCAUCCUCAACAUGGCUGUUGGUGGAUCUUGGCCUGGUGACCCAAACUCUGCGACCGUUGAUGGAUACGGAGCCAUGAUGGAAGUAGGCUACGUCGCUGUCUACCAGACAUAAGUCAGGGGUUCGAGGAAUCCCGGAACCUUCCUGUUGGCUGGUAUCAAUAUUAGCCACGAACCCAGAGACAAUCUGGCUUUCUUCAUAUUCUUCUCUUCUUCGAAGUCUCUCGCUCUACAUAUUUAUCAAAUACCCCAAUCUUCGCUUCUUCAAGAUCUGUCGAACGACAUGAUUCGGGUCUGCCUAUCAUGUAUAUAUAACUGGGUGGACUCGAUAUUUUAUUUUAUUUUGUUUUCGGAAGGUUGGUAGCGGCCAGUCCUCCUUAACCAGAACCCUGCAAGGUCUGCAGGUUGUACAUACAAAUUCAAAGACUUUUGAAUCCUUGUC